GUCGUGUCGGCCACGUUCUCCCUCUGUCAGCCAGCUCAGGCCUUCACAGUGAAGCGGGGCGUCCAUGUGUCAGGGGCGUCCCCCGAGAGCGUCAGCAGCCUCCUCUCAGAGGUGGCCGAGUGUGGGACCCACUACGCGCGCCUGAGCGACUUCUCCCUGCAGCCUGUGCUGGACUCCUCAUGCAGCAAGGGCCUCGUGUUCCAGGCCUUCACCAGCGGCCUGAGAAGGUACCUGCAGUAUUACCGGGCUUGCGUCCUCUCCACGCCGCCCACCCUGAGCCUCCUGACCAUUGGCUUUCUCUUCAAGAAACUGGGCCGGCAGCUGAGGUACCUGGCCGAGCUCUGUGGUGUGGGCACCGCACUCCCGGGCACUGGCGGAGGAGAGCCCAGGGCAGCAUUCCCCACUGGGGUGAGGCUGCUCUCCUACCUCUACCAGGAGGCCCUGGACAACUGCAGCAACGAGCACUACCCGGUGUUGCUGUCUCUCCUGAAGACCAGCUGCGAGCCCUACACGCGGUGCGGUGGGCGCAGGGCGGGGCCGCACUCAGUCCCAACAGAGUUUGGGCUUAUCCUCUAGUUAAGACACCUGCUGAGCACAGGCCUUGCAGUUGAGGAGGGGGAGGGCAGGAUAGGUGGGCUUGGAUAGGUGGUAGGGGGCAGGUGGGCUGGGGCAGCGCUCUCGCCCCACGCCUCACCGUGGCCCACCCGCCCUGGCAGGUUCAUCCACGACUGGGUUUACAGCGGGGUUUUCAGAGAUGUUUAUGGCGAGUUCAUGAUCCAGGUGAACCACGAGUACCUGGGCUGCAGAGACAAGUCUUACUGGACCCACGGCUACGUGCUCGUUUCCAAAGAGGUGGAGGCCUGCGUCCCCGUGUUCCUGAAGCACGUUGCCCACGACGUGUACGUGUGCGGGAAGACCAUCAACCUGCUGAAGCUCUGCUGCCCCCGGCAUUACCUCUGCUGCUCUGACGUCCCUGUCCCUCGCAUCUCGGUGAUUUUUUCCCUCGAGGAGUUGAAGGAUAUCGAGAAGGACUGCGCCAUCUACGUGGGACGGAUGGAGAGGGUGGCACGCCACAGCUCCCUCAGCAAGGAGGAGAAGGAAUUACGAAUGGAAAUCGCAAAGCAAGAGCUGAUUGUCCACGCCCGGGAAGCGGCAUCCAGGGUCCUGAGCGCGCUCAGUGAUCGGCAGAUGUCCGAGCGGAUGGCCUUGGAUGCCCGGAAGCGAGAGCAGUUUCAGAGGCUGAAGGAGCAGUUUAUGAGAGACCAGGAGGUGGGUGGGCUCCUCCUGGGGGGCGCAGGCUCGGGGGGGCGGCUUUACCAGCGAGGCUGCCUGUGCGGGUUGUCGUGCAGCGUCGCCGGGCAGCCAGGCAGGAGGAGCUGGAUGACGACUUCAGCUAUGCCCGCGAGCUCCGAGACCGGGAGAGGAGGUUGAAGGCCCUGGAGGAGCAGCUGGAGAGGAAGGCGAGGUAGGGCGGCAUGGGCAUGGUGCCACUCCAGGUGGACCUUCCCGGGACGAGGGCGCUGCAAGGGCACCACUGCUGGUUUGAUCUUCGUGGCUGUUUACCCCUUCUGAAACUUUCAAGUGCCCGCUCAGGCAGCUGGGGAGUGGUCUGAACUCAGGGUGUCUCCUCACCAUCGGUUUGUAUGGUCGGGAUCCAGGCUUAGCCCACACACUGUCCCCAUCCCCUGUUUCUUUUGAGUUAAGCAGUUCCUGUUGCAUUUAUUUUGAAGCCUGUCAGCAGCCUGGCUGAAGUGGGCACUUGCCUGGCACCCCGUCCCAGUCUGUCUCUUGCUGUGUCAUCAGAAUGCCCCGCUCUCCCCUGCACUUCCUAAGCUGGCGAGCUGGCGGCUUGGGGCCUUUUGUGGGAGCUGUCACUUCCUGCUUGUUGUCUGGGGUCUCAGGUGUCCUGGCCGUGGGGACAGUGAGUGGAGCUGUGAUGGAGCCAGUGGCUGACUGAGGGGUGCGCUUUAUCUGCGCAUGUGCACCCGUGCCGUCCUGUGUGUGUACACACGUGUGUUUGUGUGUGUGUGGGUAGAUGUCAUUCUCCUGCUUACAUGGGAAGGAAGCUGGGUGCAGAGGCUGUGCCCCUGGAAUUCCUGCUGUGGCUCAGCAGAUUAAGGACCUGACGUAGUCGGUGAGGAUGUGGGUCUGAUCCUGGCCUUGCUCAGUGGUUAAGAGUCUGGUGUUGCCGUGAGCUGUGGCCUGGGUCACAGAUGCAGCCUCGUGUUGCUGUGGCUGUGGUGUAGGCCCCAGCUGCAGCUCUGGUUCGACUGCCGGCCUGGGAAUGUCCCUGUGCCGUGGGUGCAGCUAAAGAAGAAAGAAAAGAAAAUCAUUGGGCAUAACAUGCCAAGCUAGCUUUUCUUUCUUUUCUUUUUUCUUUUUUUUCUUUUUUUGUCUUUCUGCCUUUUCUAGGGCCGCUCCUGUGGCAUAUGGAGGUUCCCAGGCUAGGGGUCGAAUCGGACCUGUAGCCACCGGCCUGCACCCCAGCCACAGCCACGCGGGAUCCGAGCUGCGUCUGCAACCUACCCCACAGCUCACGGCAACUCUGGGUCCUUAACCCACUGAGCAAGGCCAGGGCUCGAACCCGCAACCUCAUGGUUCCUAGUCGGAUUUGUUAACCACUGCGCCAUGACAGGAACUCCAUUUUUUUUUUUUUUCUUUUCUUUUCUUUUUCUUUUUUGGCUGCCCUGUGGCACAUGGAAUUCCUGGGCCAGGGAUCAGAUCCAAGCCGUAGUUGCGACCUAUGCUGCAGCUGCAUCCAUGCUGGUUGCUUUAACCCACUGUGCCAGGCUGGGGAUCAAAUCUGUGCCCUGGUGCUGCAGGGACGCCACUGAUCCUGUAGUGCCACAGCGGGAACUCCUGUGCCAUAUUUUUGAUUCCACAUAUAAGUGAUAGAAUACAGUGUUUGUUUUUUUCUUUCUGGCUUACUUCACUGAGUACGACAACACCUAGGUCCAUCCAUGUUGCUAUAGAUGGUAUCGUUUCAUUCUUUUUAGUGGCUGAAUAAUAUUCCCUUGUGUGUGUGUACCAUAUCCUUUUUUUGUCUUUUUAGGGCUGCACCCACGGCACAUGGAGGUUGCCAGGUUAGGGGUCUAAUCGGAGCUGUAGCUGCUGGCCUACGCCACAGCCACGGCAACACCAGAUCUGAGCCCCAUCUGUGACCUACACCACAGCUCACGGCAACGCCGGAUCCUUAACCCACUGAGGAAGGCCAGGGAUUGAACCCGCAACCUCAUUUGUUAACCGCUGCGCCAUGACGGGAGCUCCUGUACCAUAUCCUCUUUAUCCACUCCUCUGCUCAGGUUGCUUCCAUGUCUUAGCUAUUGUGAAUAGUGCUGCAGGGAAUAUUAGAAUACAGGUAUCUUUUCAAAUUACAGCUGCAGCUGAGGAGCAAGGCCUGACUCCUAGAAGGCCUGGGCAGCUCCCAGCCCCUCACCAGUCCCUUCCGUCACGCUAUGUAGGAGCUCAGUCUGGUAGUCACUCAGCAGACGCCUGCUGUGCCAGGGGCAGAGAGACCUGCAGGUGUUGAGGGGGCCUGGGAAGGUGCCAAGCAUGUGGGCUGCCUGUCGGAGGCCUGUGCCACCAAGAGCUGUCCAGCCCCUGGGGCACUGGCUGCACAGUGGGCUGACCACGGUGACCAGUCCUGUGUGUGGUUGCAGGCAGGCGCUGGUGGAUCAUUAUAGCAAGUUGUCCGCAGAGGCUGCUCGUCGGGAGCGGAAGGCGCUGUGGAGGGUCCAGAGGCACAGGCUGGCGGACGCUCGGCGUCGCUUUCUCUUAGAGGAGGAGAAGCGUGUUCAGGGGAUGCUGGGAGCUGUGUCUGAGGGGAAGCCCCCGGAGCCGCUGGCCGUCCUCCCAGGUGCCUGCUCCCAGGCCUCCCUUCCGUGCCCCGAGCACCCAGACGGAGGUGGCGGCUGUGGUUCUGGGCCUUCAGAGCAGCCCAAGGCUGCCCGGGAUGGUCCCCGUGGGCCGAGCAGGCUGAUGCCACAGCUCCCCGAGUCUCCAGCAGAGGCGGCCUGUGGCUCUGGGCCAGGACAGGCCUGCUGUUGGAUCCGGUGGAGGAUCCAGGGCUGUUGUCUGUGGGCCUCAGCAUCCGAGACUUCCUGCCCACAGCCCAGGGGGCUGAGCAGCCUCUGCACACCGGCUCAGCUCUUGUCCUGGAGGAGGCGCUGCAGACCAUUGGCUCCGACCUGCCUCCCCCGGCUCCGUCUGCAGCGGUGGGCACAGGGCCCUCUGGGCCACAGGAAUACGAUUUCAGAACCAUCCUGAGGCCAGCUGUGGCCACCUCAGCUUUCCCAGGGCCCCUUCAGUCCACGGGAGGUGGCUUGGGCAGUGAGGGGCAGCCCCAGUGGGAGGACACUCAUGUGCAGCUGGACAUGUGUGUCCUAGAUGGGCAGGUGGCACUGCCCCAUGCGUGUUCUCCCCAGAAGACCUCCCCGCAAGAGGGCAGCCAGGCCAUGGGGCAGCUCCUCAGACAAGUGUCAGAGGGCGAUGUUCCCACAGGGGGUUAUGCUUCGGGAACGGCCCCCUCCCGGCCACGGUGGAAUGUCCACGGACAUGUGUCAGAUGCCAGCAUCAAGGUGGGGGAGAACGUGUGUGACGUGGUUCCCUCCCGGCCACGGUGGAAUGUCCACGGACACGUGUCAGAUGCCAGCAUCAAGGUGGGGGAGAAUGUGUGUGACGUGGUCCCCUCCCGGCCACGGUGGAACGUCCACGGACACGUGUCAGAUGCCAGCAUCAAGGUGGGGGAGAACGUGUGUGACGUGGUCCCCUCCCGGCCACGGUGGAACAUCCACGGACACGUGUCAGAUGCCAGCAUCAAGGUGGGGGAGAACGUGUGUGACGUAGUUCCCUCCCGGCCACGGUGGAACGUCCAUGGACACGUAUCUCAGUCCCAGGUGACUCUGGGGGUGCUCUCAGGGGAAGCCGAGCCCAUUGUGCCCUGGCCCCACCAGACCCCCCCUGACCAUGGGUCCCAGUCAGGCCUCAGCCUAGGAGCCCAGAGCCCUGCCCAGGAGGGGGAGCCGCAGCCAGCUGCAGAGACAGCCGUGGAAGGGGCAGAGAGCGGCCCCCAGGCCUCGCCCACUGCUGGAGCUGCGCCCGGUGUCCUGGGAGGCGGCAGCCCUGAGGAGCCAGGGAGGAGUGAGGACACCGUGGACCUCCCUGCGAGUUGCCGUCCAAGCUCACAGGAAGGCGUGGACACCCAGAGCAGCCCAGGCCUCGGCGAGGAGGCGGCGCAGCGCUGGGGCAUGGAGCAGGCCUACCUGGCAGGCCUGGCGGGGCAGUACCGCCUGGAGCAGUACCCGGACAGCUACGAGGCCAUGUCAGAACCUCCUGUCGCCCGCCUCCUGCACCACGGGCUUCCUCGAGCCUUUGCCCUCCCCGAGGACUCCGGGGUCCAGCCAGACACGGACGAGACGGCGGUGCAGCUGAGCGAGCUGCUGCCCCUGCCGGUGCUCAUGAAGCACUCUGUCACCGCCCCGCUGGCUGCGCACGUCUCGUUGGUGAACAAGGCCGCCGUGGACUACUUUUUUGUGGAACUCCACCUCGGGGCGCACUUCGAGGCGCUGCGGCACUUUCUGCUGAUGGAAGACGGGGAGUUCGCCCAGUCCCUCAGCGACCUACUCUUUGAGAAGCUCGGGGCAGGGCAGACGCCCGGGGAGCUGCUCAGCCCGCUGGUGCUCAACUCCGUGCUGAGCAAGGCCCUGCAGUACAGCCUGCACGGUGACACCCCGCACGCGGCCAACCUCUCCUUCGCCCUCAAGUUCCUGCCUGAGGCGUUUGCCCCCAACGCCCCGGACGUGCUCAGUUGCCUGGAGCUCAGGUACAAGGUUGACUGGCCCCUCAACAUCGUGGUCACCGAGGGCUGCCUGAGCAGGUACAGCGGCAUCUUCUCCUUCCUGCUGCAGCUGAAGCUCAUGAUGUGGACGCUCAAGGAUGUCUGCUUCCACCUCAAGCGCACGGCGCGGAUGAGCCACGUGGCCAGCUCAGUGCAGUUCCGCCAGCUGCAGCUGUUCAAGCACGAGAUGCAGCACUUCGUGAAAGUCAUCCAGGGGUACAUCGCCAACCAGAUCCUGCACGUCACCUGGUGCGAGUUCCGGGCCAGGCUGGCCUCCGUGGGCGACCUGGAGGAGAUCCAGCGUGCCCACGCCGAGUACCUGCACAAGGCUGUCUUCAGGGGCCUGCUGACGGAGAAGGCGGCGCCGGCGAUGAACAUCAUCCACAGCCUCUUCAGCCUAGUCCUCAAGUUCCGCAGCCAGCUCAUCUCCCAGCCCUGGGGCCUGGCCGGCGGCCCCCACGGCGCCGAGCACCCCAACUUCGCCCUCAUGCAGCAGUCCUACAGCACCUUCAAUGGUGAGCAAGCUGGUGAAUCGAGGCUACCAGCCCCACCUGGAGGACUUCCUGCUGCGCAUCAACUUCAACAACUACUACCAGGACGCCUGAGGGCCGGCCCGCCCCGCCAGGGGCCUGCGUGGGGAAUAAAGGUGCUGCCGCCCCCUGCCCCCCGCGUCCACGCCUCUCUCCUGGGCUGAUCCUGGGGCCAGGGCGGGAGCAGAAGGACCACA